AUGAACGGCUACGGCUCAGUACUGAUCACACCUCAGGAUUCAAGUCCAGGGUCGGUUCGUGGAGACCCCGUAGUGCCGACGCCUGAGACUCAAGAGCUUUACAACAUAUGGCAACAUGCGUUGGAGAGUGAGAGACUACAGCAGGAGAACGGAAGCCUCACUGCCAAUUCCCUCGGGCUAACUUCAGCCGGUGUCCAUGGGCACGCGUUGUUACGACCCCCUUCGCCAUCUCAGAUGACAACUUCGUCUUGGGCGGGUUCUCAUGUCAGCUCUACACGGUCUCUCAGUAGGGGCAUGGACGAGGUGCAAUCCGGAACAACACGGCGCUCAGGAACGGACAAACGACCACGCCCGGGGCGUCCGGGAAAGAACAAGCGAGGACGUACGGGGCCGAUGGAGGAUGCGACGCGGGCUAAGGCCAAUCUCACGCGCAAGAUCGGGGCCUGUGUUGACUGUCGAGAACGUAGGGUUCGGUGUGAUCACCUUAAUUUGGAGUUGUUCCAUCAAGCAUACGAGGCAGAAAAGCUGAGAUCGCGCACAACGGUGAACAAUACCGUGGCGGUGACCACCGUUCCAGCCCUUACGAACCAGGAGCCCCUCGGCCACCGUGAUGACCUUGUGGGCGUGGGAGGAAACGAAGUCCUCUCUCUCCAACCACAUGCUACAAGCGGCACCCAUUUAACCGGCGACGAGGGCUACACCGACUUUGAUCCCUUACAGAGCCAGCAAGCUACGCCCGACCAUAUGCUUGAAACGCUCCUGUCUUCGUUUCCAACCCCCGAGCCACAAACCUCACGGCCCCGGCUUUCCUACUCGCCAGUCAGCACGAGACCGCCUUCCAGUCAAGCUCACCGGGUUCCUAUCGCCAAACAAUCCUACCCAGGCAGUGGCGAGUUGAUAUGUCUGGGUAGGACCCCGGCCUCGGGUUUCCUGGGCUCCUUAGGCUUCUCAGCGCCGAGUGAAAGCCCGCGUUACUGCCACCAACAAUUUCCAAACUUGCCAGGUUGGGAGGAGCAUUUCAAAGCUUGUCAUGGCCAAUUUUUUGAACCGCGAGUCCAGUGGAGGUGCAUCUACUGCCAGAACAACGAGGAGUCGCAGGCGCACGAAGAUGGAGACUGGUGCUCCUGCGGAACCUCUGAAGUUGGCUCCUUGGUUAUGUGGUACUGGGCCGGGAUCAGCCACUCGCCGACACCCACCUCCCGAACUCUCGGUCUCAACACAAGCCCGAGAGGGCCGGGCUCGGAUUACUCCUCGUGGGCAAGCCAAUCUCCGCAGUACAAGAACCCGUACGGAGGAGGCGGAGCCGGCGGCGGCUACGGCCAUUAUCACUCUCCUUCCUCCGGGAGCUAUGGUGGAAGUUACGGAGGUGGUUACGGGGGAGGAGGUUACAACGGAGGCUCGUACCUCGCAAAAGCGCCCCCAUCUACUCCCAAUGCUGACACCGCCUGCUCAAAUCUGUGGUUAUCGCCGCCGCUCAUCACUGGUAGCGCUGUCAAGCGAGCGUUGAUAGCCCACGGCCUUUCCACCGCCCUCCGCAACCUCUUUCUUUGCCCCGUCGUUGGCCUACUUGUCAUCGCCGCCCUCGCCUGGCUGUCUCCGACCGCCCAUCCCAGUGGAUUCCUUGGUUCCCGAUACUCAAGGGAUGCCAUUCUCGUGCUCUUUGUCGGUGAUUUCCCGGGCCUGGUUGAGGCGGAUAUCGUCCAACCGUCAAUUGCGUGUAUGGGUAUUGGGCUGGUCGCGUCGUGGCUGGUCCAUCAUGUUUUGGAUCGGCUGAGGCAGCAGAGGGAGGCGGUUGGCGAGCAGGUAAUGUUUCCGGUUGUUAAUACGAUAUCGGGUUGA